AUCAAUUGUUUUGACGGUGUCCCUGUUGUUUUUUUUCUACAUUGAUGUAUUUCUGGAGAAGAUAAAUUAGUUUGACAUGAGAGCUCUUCUAGUUUUGUUUGCGUUUCUUGUUUUGACGGACCAAGUGAGCAGUGGUAGAAGAAAACCCAAGCUACACGGUCGUUUCAGCCAAGCAAGACUGCGUGUCACCGAUCUAAGUAAAGAAAAAAAGGCUAGUAUACCAGGGUUACCAUCAGGAAUACCAGGUGUUUCUGUUCCUUCCUCCAGUGGAAAUGACUCGGUGAUACCUGUGAUAACUGGAAACAACUCGGUUGUUCACGCUGCAACUGUCGGAGCCUAUGCAGGAGCACAGGCGGGAGCUAGUAGUGGUGCUCAAGAAGGAGCCAAGACUGGAGCUAAGGCUGGAGCCGAAGCAGGAGCCAAGGCUGGCGAGGAGGCAGGGUCGAAAGCUGGGGAAGAGGCUGGAAAACGAAUAGCCCACGAGAUAGCACUGGAAACCGUUCAAAAAAUAUUAAUGGCACAGGUGCAGAGUGGUGGCGUUUUCAACAUCUUCGGACAGCACCCCACUCAGAAGCCGACUACAGCAGCAGGUGGAGGAGGAGCUGGUGGAGGAGGGGGAGGCGGUGGAGGUGGUGGAGGCGGAGGCGCUUCUGCAGGAACAGGUGCCACUGCAGGAACUGCUGGGACGGCUGGAACUGCUGGGACAGCAGGGACUGCUGGAACAGCAGGCACCACUGGUGGGGGAGCUGGAGCAGGCGCAGGAGGAGGAGGAGGAGGAGGAGGAGGAGGCGGCGGCGGAGCUGCAGGGGCUGGAGCAGGAGCGGCAGGGGCUGGUGGUGGUGAAGAAGGCGAAGGGUUAGGUGGAGUUACCACCGGUCUGCCCAUAAUUAAUGGCGUUAUGGGUUCAGCUGGGGCCGGAGGAGGGGCAGCAGCUGGAGCAGCAGCAGGAGCAGGGGCAGGAGCAGCAGCAGCAGCAGGAGCAGGGGCAGGGGCAGGGGCAGGGGCAGGAGCUGGUGCUGGUGCUGGUGCUGGUGCGGCAGGGGGUGCUGUAGCUGGUGGUGCAGCUGGUGCAGCUGCAGCUGGCAUAGCAGGAGCAGGAGCUCAAGCUGGUGGAGGUGCAGGUGCUGUAGCUGCAAUAUCAGCGGCAGAGAUGGCUGUUGCUACGGCUAAGGCAGCCGCUGCAGUAAGCAGUAGUGGAGCAGCAACUGCAUUCUAUCAUGGCGCCAUGUAUAUGAUUUAUUCUAUAAAUCAUCCCGCCAUACAGAACUACAGAAGUAACGCCCAGUUUUAUGUCCGCGGUGAAACUCUCUUACUUGGACCAAAGGGCCAAUACUUUAUCGCUCACGUUCCAGGAUUUAGUCGCGAUCGAAACACAAUCUCACUGGAGUCAUACUGCAAGAGAGGUUACUUCUUAAGGCAGAAGAAGUAUGGUUUUAUGCUCAGAGCCACACAUGCAAGCUUAAAUUUUGCCAAAGACGCAACGUUUUACAUUGGUCGACGGGAGCAUUUAAAAGAUACAUUUUCCUUUGGUUUGAUUCAUCAAGGGUGGUAUCUCACAGCGUCAGACAAAGUUAGAUCUGAUUCGUGGAAAACAAUAGCUGCCUAUGACAACAAAACUAACGAGUUUGCACUCGAAAGUUCCUACGUCGUGGUUCCUUUUUCGAUGGACGACCCAAAAAUAAACUGCGAAACUAUAGGCCCACAAGAACCAGAAGAACCUGAGGUGCCGCCAAGUAUACCAGGACAGCCUCCGAGUAUCCCUGGCGAGCCGCCACCUCCGGCACCCUCCCCGCCUGCACCCUCCUAUCCUGGACAACCUCAAUACCCACCAGGACCAGCUGGAAGUAAAUGUAUAGCGCUGCGGUUUAUUAACAGUGUUGGUCAUCCAUUCAAGUUAAUUUCAGCAAUGAAGCCGGAAGGUUGGCUUGUCACGGGAGAAGAGUUUAGAAUCAGACUAACAUUCAAAGACCCUAAUCUCCACAAAUUUGUCACUUUUAGAGGAGAAGACCCCUACGGCCAAUACAUACUUCACUUAGAUGGUGACAAAACCAUUUCAGUUAUGCCCAGAACAGACUGCUCAGAUUACAUAGACGUACAGGUGACUGGUAUUCCGGUACCAGCGCCAUCAAUUCCUCCCCAGGUAACACCAGUGCCAACCCCUCCACCACCUCCCCCAGCUUCCCCACCGCCCCCUCCUCCACCUGCACCUAUGCCACCACCACCUUCUCCACCCCCACCUCCACCACCACCAGUGUUGGCUCCACCAUCUCCGCCACAGCCUCCCCCCGCACCUCCACCAAUUACCCCUCCAGCAGCACCUGCUCCGCCGCCGCCGCCGCCACCACCACCACCACCAGUAGCACCGCCAGCAGCACCGCCAGCAGCACCGCCAGCAGCACCGCCAGCAGCACCGCCAGCAGCACCGCCGCCAGCACCGCCAGCACCUCCAGCACCGCCAGCGCCUCCGGCAGCAAUGCCCCCACCAGCACCUCCAACGCCAUCUCCAACUACAGGUGGAAAAGAUGUGCACUAUCAUUUCCAUUAUCAUCCUGAUGGUAAGAUUCACUCCUGCCCGAUUAUAUGCCAUGCAUCACAUUCACCAUGCCACCCUUCGUGUCCCAUCACCUGCUGCAAUGCUGAAAGUUACGAUGAAAUCGAAUCCACUAACGCUCUUAAGCAUUCAGAAAUACCAGUUGCUAUCUCUAGUAGAUCAAAAGUCAAGCGAGAGAGUUGCAGCUGCCUUAUGGAGUGCGAUGGACCCACGGCAGUGAAUAAUGGAACCUGUCACGAAAAAUGUACUUGCCAUCCUGACGAUAACGAUGCCCUCUCUGUAGCACGGAAGCCUAUCUACCCUCAUACACAAAUAAAAAAGCCCCGAAAAAAGUUCUUGCAUCCGCAUUUUGGCCACAGGGAAAUGAAUAGAAUUCAAGAUUUAUUUUCGAAAUGGAUACAUGAAUACGGUGAUGGAUUUAAAAAGGUGACUAAGGUGGACAAAACAAUAAAAGACGAAAGGUUCAAAUUUCUCAACAAUAUGAUGAGGAACUACCAACAUUUCCGGGGAAAAGAAAAAGCCUUGAGGCUUCUAGAGGAGGAACAAAGUGAGCUUAGGAAUCAACAGGAACAUUUGCAAAAUUUAUUGACGAAGCAAGAAAAAGCCUUGACUAGGACUGCUACUCAUAAUGAGGUUGCCACUCCCAGCGCAAUGAAGUAUGGACGGAAGAGGCCACACGGUGACGAUGUUAAUAUCACCAUAACCACUAGCAACACAACCCAAGCGCCACCAACAACGCAAGCCCCCUUAAAUCAGUAUACUCUCCUUGAAAUUGAAGGCAUAAAGAAGCAGAUAUCAGAGAUUCAGGUGCAGUAUCAAAACCUAUCGAUAAAACAGACUCAACUUGCUGCAGAUUUAGAAAAAGAGCAAGCUCUUUUUGAGCAAGCAAGACAGCUUAUUGCGCUUCUCGUUAAGCAAAACCAAGGAGUUACAAAUUCUUCACCUGCUACUUCACAGACACAGUCAGACUUUGGAGGCGUGUCAAAUGACGAAGAGCUGCGCAAUGGAGGGCCGGCCCAAGGCUCUGAAUUACUUAACCGGUUACAAAACGUCCUCUCUCAGCUGGUGUUGACAGACGAUGGGACAGCGCUGCAAAAUGAUGGUCGACAAUUGAUGCUCCUUCAACAGAACCAAGACCAAGAUCAGUUUGAAGGAAUUAAAAACGGAAACUCCAUUAACGACAAAUCUGAAAAUGCUUAUCAGGAGCCAAAUAAUAUGAUGUACAGCAUUCCAGUCGAAAUUGAUCGCAGUGAUCUCAAUAGCCAGGAGCAAAGAAAUUCCUUAUUUGAAAGAAACGAGAUAGGCGAUGACGGUGAAAACGAUGAUGAAUACAUGCCGUUUGUCAUGGACCGAGACUAUUCCGAUGAAGAGAUUGAGCCUGAAUCUGCAACCCUCGAGAAAAAGACACUUAUUUCACCAAACUCAAACGUCAAUACUCGCAAAACUAGCAGGAGAUCGAAAAAAUAUAAAAGUAAACUAAAAGAGAAAGACAAGUCAAGUGGUCAAACUAAAAAACACCGUGAUCGGAAAACUUAAGUUGUUAGGUGUUUUCACACCACUUAUUUCAGAGGUUUACCGUGUUAUCAUUGAUGUUUGUAUUGUAUGGUUACACAUAUUGUUCAAUACAAUGGUGAAACCGUUUUGCAUCAUAAUAGUCAAAUGAAAGCUAGUCAUUUCCAUAUGGCAUCCACAUUAUUCCACAAG